AUGAAGCCUUCAGUCCACCACGUCCUCGUGAUUGGACUGCCAGUCAUCGUCUGCGUCACAGUAUUCGUCGUCGCUACAACAAUCACUCUCAUCUUGCGACCUCGCCGUGCUUCCACAACAACUAAGGAAGCAGACAUCGAGCUUGCCAUGCCCCUACCUAUGCACCGAUGGAGUGAUGCAAGCAUCAAGCAGUGGAGGCAAGCUCAUCGUGGGAAUUCGCGAUGGAUGGCAAAGAUGCAGAAAUACCAGGGACAAGGUGUGAAGGCAAAGAUCAAGUUCAAGAAAGUUGAUUGGAACAAGGGUGCAGCCAGUCAAGGCGAUGAGCAGAGUUCCGGAGGUAAAAAUCAAAGUAAGGUGGCGGAUGAAGAAGAUGUUGGCCCCACUGAGUGA